AUGGCCGACUACACUUCUUCUUUAUCAGCCUCCCGUCUCUCCCCUCCUCUCUCUUCCGGCGCCUCAGAAAACGAGGACAUCCCCCAGCGGACCCAACAAAACUCCUCUAAUCAACCGCCCACCUCUCUGGAGAACAUCAACCUCGAUUCGUCAGCCACAGGCACAGAACUAGCCAACAUGCGACGAUCGGCACGCAACACGAACAAACCCAAGCCCGUCGCCGUGACUUCCCCUUCGAGGCCCGCCAAGCGGAAGAUCACCACCAGGGUGGUGAAGAAGGAGCCCAAGUGGACGACAGAGAAGCUCCUUACGGACCACAAGUCGCCGCUCGCCAGCGCUGAUUUACGGACUAUUCUCUGCCAGCCAGCCGCCUGGGAUAUCCUCUCCAAAGAAGAGCGGGCCGAGAUUAUCUCCCUCUUUCCCGCUGGCACGCGCAUCCUUGAUCCGGGCACAGACAAUUCCCGCCCGGAUCUCGAUGCCCUCCGCAAUGACAACAACUUCCGCCACGAUUGCGCCACGUACGCUGACAACAUCGCCAUGGGCAAGCACGACCCGGAGUGGCUCGAGCAGGCAUGGGCGGCACGUGAGAGGCGGCGCGCCGGUGAUUUUGACGGCUAUCUGAAGCAGAAGUUUGAAGACGAGUGGUCGUGUGAGUUACCUGAGGAGUUCAGACCCAAGAGGGGCGGGGAUGAGCCGGCGAAGGAAGUCGCGCCCUCCGAGGAUGGGGAAAAGGCAAAGUGCGAGGCUCAGACGGAGAUGAAGGUAGAAGAUGGUGGGGCUAAAGAGGCCGGAGUUUUGGAGGAAGCGCCGAAGAAAGACGUCGACAUGACCGACAGAUGCGAGUUCAAAGAGGUUGUGGAUGUCAAGCUUGGGUCCCCUACUUCGCAGGCAUCUGGGAUCAAGCUUGGAUCUCCUGCUCCUGAGGAAUCGUGCGUGAAGCUUGGAUCUCCCAUUCCUGAAUCACAAGAGGAGAAGUUCUAG